GCUAGAUGAUAUGUCGAAUGGGAAUUGUGUCGGUUUGUUGGAGAUGAUGGCUGUGUAUGACCCCGUCCUGAGAAGCCAUUUGGAUGCGCUACGUGAGGCUCAGGGUGCUAGUCGGAAGUUGGCAGUAAGCUCUCUGUCGCCAAAGAUACAGAACGAGUUCAUCCACGUUCUUGCAUCAUGCUUGAUUGAGAAAAUCAAGGCUGAACGAGCAUCGGCGGAGUUCUUUAGGAUCAUGUGUGAUAGCACCCCGGACAUGGCACGUCUCGAAAGGCACAAGUCCUUCAUAAG